ACAAUUCUACGCCAGACUCAUAUUUAUGUGAAAAUAACACGAAAAUCCACCCAAUUGAGUAGUUUAAAUAGCACUUAUGUAGCUGUAACCGUGUGCGACCAUCUAGUAUCGUUCAGUUCGGCCCGCUCCUUUAUCUCUUCUUGACCGAAACACUCUCUCAUUCUACUAUUCCCCUCCUUCAAUUUUCAUUCUCCAUUUUCUUCACUAAACCUCUCACUUCUUCUUCCAAUGGCUUCCAUCAACUUCAACCCCUUCGGUGGAAACUGGUUCUCAAAACCCCCUAAUCCCCUCCCUCUCCCUUCCCUCCCCAACACCCUCACCGACGCACCCUCCCUCCCUCCCAACUUCGCCGCAAUCUCCCUCCCAAACCCCUUCCGCCGCAGGCCCAAGCCCAAGUCCGCCGAGCCCACCGAACCCGGGCCCUACGAGCAGCUGGCCCGGCAGGUCCUCUGGGAGUGCGAGACCCUCCCGGACCACCGCCACACCCCGGAGGUCGAUAAGAUCCUCGCCGACAAUGACGCCGCCUUCGGCGGCGACGACGACUCCGUUUUCGUCCGCCGCGAGGACGCAACGGACGAGGAGGUGCGGGAGAACGCGGAGCUCGUGGAGCGGCUCCGCAGCAGCCCCGUGGUGCAGUUCAUGGCGCGCGCCGAGGAGAUUCUGGACAAGAUGAACGAGAUGGAGCUGAAGGAGAACGAGAGGCCGUACCACAAGGAGGAUUGGGAGGUGUGGAAGAAUGUGCCCAAUGUUAUUGGGCUUGACGGGAGGCCCAUGCCCAGAAAAGCCCAGAAAACCCGCGAGGAGGCUGAUGAUAAGUUUUGGGAUUUCGCUAGGCAGUUCUUUUUCGGGCUGUGGAAUUUCAGGCAGAGGCCCUACCCUCCUGGGAAGCCCAUUGACGCGGCCCAGUCUAUUGGGUAUAAGAACCUUGAGAGGCGCUACUAUGACUUUAUCAUGAGAAGUGGUGGGUGGUACUAUAAGGAUCGGCUGGGUCGCACUCGAGGACCGUUAGAAUUGAUUACGCUUAAAACUGCAUGGGGUGCUGGGAUUAUUGAUAAGAACACUUUCAUUUGGGGAGAGGAUAUGGACGAAUGGGCGCCCAUCCAUAUGAUUUAUGGAAUGGAGCGUGCAAUCGCCACUUGGGAAGUUAGACUUGCUGCUUCCGCAACAGCAUUGCUUCACAAACUACAGAAAGGUAUACCACCGUGGGUUCCUUUGAAGGGAUUUGAAAAGAAGACUUAUAAGCAACUUCAAGAAGAGGCUAUAGAAAGCAAGAGACGUGAUUUAGCAGUAUUGGAAGCUAAUGAUGGUCUUUGGCCUGGAGCUAAAAUUCCAAGUCAUGCCCUAUUUCUUUGGGCUAGUGGCUCUGAACUGACCACUAUAUUGGAACAGGAUCACAUGCCCAACAAAUACAUUCCCAAAUAUCUUAGAAAGAAGUUGGCUGAAAUUAUUCCAGGGUUGAGGCCAUGGGAAGUUCUGAGCAUAGAACAAGCAAUGGAUCGAUUAACAUUUAACGGGGAAUGGUACCGUGAACCACUUGGUUCAUUCACCACUGGUCCCCCAUACCUUGAGCACUGGAAUAGAGAUGUUAUGAGGUUGUAUAAGAUAUUUGAUGAUCUUAACACCGAGUUGUACGAACAUAUGGAGAAUUCAAUUGCUGGCUUUGAUAAAAUUAUGGAGAAGAUCAGGGAUGAUUUUAUUGCGAGAACUGAUAAAAUGUUGGAGAAGAAAGACAAAGAGAAAAGAGAAGCUCGGAAGAAAGCUGGGUUGCCUGAGUAUCAAUGGCCCGAAAAACCAUAUGUUCCUUAGUUUCAUUUCUUGCAUGAUUUCUGCAGAUCAUAUGGAUCUUUUGCAUUUCAGGGCAAGGUUGUUAGAUGGUGAGAAGUGUAGCGAGGCUGAUCCAUUUAUUAAGAUUGCAAUCUGGGAUUGGCUAUAGCAAUUUUUGUCUUUCUUGGAGUUGGUUCGAACGUCUCUAUUGUUAAAUAUUGGCAUCUAAUGAAUGAAAAUAUUUUUUAGCCUCUUAUCUGUUCUUUGCUUAUCGAGGAGGUGUCUUGCACAACCCCAACCUUUGACAGCUUGAUUAAUGGUGUGUUUGGUUCCACUUAGGGAACCAAAAUUCACCGGAAAAACUUGAAAACGUUGUCAUGAUCCAAUGUAGCUUUGGACACUGUUUGGACGCACUUAUUUUUUAACUCACCGCUGAAACAAACAUACACUAAGCCGUUGGUAACCACUUGAAUGAAGCUUAGGGCACGGUGAAGUUAA